AUGACCACUGCACUGGACAGCCUCAAGCAGUUCACCGUCGUCGUCUCCGACUCAGGUGACUUUGAGAGUAUCGCCGCUUACAAGCCACAGGAUGCUACCACUAACCCUUCCCUGAUCCUGGCUGCUGUCAAGCAGGAGAAGUACAGCAGGCUCAUUGAUGUUGCUAUCAAGUACGCCAAGGAGAAGGAGCCAUCCGACAAGGCAAAGCAGUCUUCGCUCGCCAUCGACCGCCUGCUCGUCGAGUUCGGUAAGGAGAUCUUGCAAGUCAUCCCCGGCCGCGUCUCGACCGAGGUGGACGCGUCGCUCUCCUUUGACAAGGACGCGACCAUCGCCAAGGCCAAGCACCUGAUCGAGCUCUACGAGUCGCUCGGCAUCAAGAAAGAGCGCAUCCUCAUCAAGAUCGCCUCGACUUACGAGGGUAUCCAGGCUGCGCGCGAGCUCGAGCGCGACCACGACAUCCACUGCAACCUCACCCUCCUCUUCGGCUUCUCGCAAGCCGUCGCAUGCGCUGAAGCGGGUGUCACCUUGAUCAGCCCAUUUGUCGGUCGUAUCCUUGACUGGCACAAAGCAAAGACUGGCAAAGACUUCUCUGGUGCCGAGGACCCGGGCGUGAAGUCUGUCCAGAGGAUCUACAACUACUACAAGCAGCACUCAUAUAAGACGAUCGUCAUGGGUGCCUCAUUCCGCAACACUAGUGAGAUCGAGGAGCUCGCUGGAUGCGACUUCCUGACCAUCUCGCCAGCGCUGCUCGAGAAGUUGCAGCAGGACAAGAAGCAGCUGCAACGCAAGCUCAGCCCAGAGAACGCUAAGACUGCCGAGCAGAUACCCAAGGUCAGCUUCGUCGACAACAGGGCCGCUUUCCAGUGGGAGCUCUUCAACGACGAGAUGGCCUGGGACAAGCUGCACGAGGGUAUCCGCAAGUUCGCCGCCGACGCCGUCACGCUGCGUGACGUGAUCGAGAAGAGGCUUUGA